AGGGGUUGCGUGCGUGGCCGGUGCGCCGGCCUCUCCCGGAAGUCACCCAGGGCGGAGACGGAAGCGGAAAUCUUUUAGGACAGGAGGAGGAGCUGGUGCCGCGUGUGGGAUCUGCAGUUCUCUGGCCUCUCUGUAGAAGUAAACGAGCCCAGCAGGCCCUAUGGCGGUGCGAGCGUCGUUCGAGAACAACUGUGAGAUCGGCUGCUUUGCCAAACUUACCAACACCUACUGCCUGGUGGCCAUUGGAGGAUCCGAGAACUUCUACAGUGUGUUCGAGGGCGAGCUCUCCGACACCAUCCCCGUGGUGCACGCGUCCAUCGCCGGCUGCAGGAUCAUCGGGCGCAUGUGUGUGGGGAACAGACAUGGUCUCCUGGUGCCCAAUAACACCACCGAUCAGGAACUGCAGCACAUUCGAAACUGUCUCCCAGACUCAGUGCAGAUCCGGCGGGUAGAGGAGCGGCUUUCAGCCCUUGGCAAUGUCACCACCUGCAACGACUAUGUGGCCUUGGUCCACCCAGACCUGGACAGGGAGACAGAAGAAAUCCUGGCUGAUGUGCUCAAAGUGGAAGUCUUCAGACAGACAGUAGCUGACCAGGUGCUAGUAGGAAGCUACUGUGUCUUCAGCAAUCAGGGAGGACUGGUACAUCCCAAAACCUCAAUUGAAGACCAGGAUGAGUUGUCCUCUCUUCUCCAGGUUCCCCUUGUGGCGGGCACUGUGAACCGCGGCAGCGAUGUGAUUGCUGCUGGGAUGGUGGUGAAUGACUGGUGUGCUUUCUGUGGCCUGGACACAACCAGCACAGAGCUGUCGGUAGUGGAGAGUGUCUUCAAAUUGAAUGAAGCCCAGCCUAGCACCAUUGCUACCAGCAUGCGGGAUUCCCUUAUUGACAGCCUCACCUGAGUCACCUUCAGUGCUGCCCUGCUCUGGACUGUGGUUCCCUCUCCGUGCUCCACCCACUCUAUACGGGAUGCUGACAUGGAGGUGGCAGAGAACUCAAUGAGACUGGGUGGCUGAAUGCCCAAACUUUUUUCACCUGUGUCCUUCUGAAUCUAUACUUAAUGCAAAAAACAAAACAAAACAAAACAAAAAACUCGCCAUGUGUGUUGGCUGUCAGAUUCUUUAUCCUGACUUCUGAGAGCCCUGCUGUCCUGUGCCACCUCAUUAAAAUGCAACUGCCUCUGGCCAUUCUGAA